AUGGUGAGUGAUAGUCAAGUUGAAAAAGCAACUAAAAAUGAAAUACUGAGUAAGGAGAUUGUAGAGCUGGUAUCGCAAAAUCAAGUAAAUGAAGUGGAGGUGGAAGAUUUAUUUGUUCCGGAGGAAAAGGAGCAGAAGAAAAAAGCUGAGAUCAUUGUAGAAACCAACAUAAAGAAGAAACUGCUAGAAAAAGAGAAGAAGGAAAUGGAGACUUUAGAACGUAUAUCAGGGAAUAUUGAAAUGAAAAUCAGGGAAAAUAUUAAUGAAGGUAUCCAACAACUGCAGGAGUUUUUGAAAACAUGCAGCUGUGAUUCAGUGAAGUUAUCAGCAGAAGUGAUGGCACUAGACACCUGCUUCUCAGUCUGGGUCAGUCUCUGUUCAGGUCCAGGAAAAGAAAGAUACUUCAACGUAGCCAGUACAGUUAUGAGAAGAAUUCAUAUUAUUCUGGACAAAUAUGAAGAGUUACUACAGAAGUCUCAUAGAGAAAAAAUUGCUGGUUACCUUAAGGAUAUGGGCUUUCAUAACUUAAACAUGUCUGUUUUAGGACAUAAUAAGGAACAAGGAAUUAACACUAAAACAGUUACUUGCUCAAAGUACGCGGUUGGAAUUGGAUCUGCUCGUUUUCAGUUGCAGUACAUGGGCCAUUACCUUAAAAGAGAGGAGAGAAAAGAUCCAGACCCCAGAAUUCAGCACUUUAUACCGGAUACUUGGCAGAGAGAACUUCUGGACAUUGUAGACAACAAUGAAUCUGCCAUUAUAGUUGCUCCGACUUCAUCUGGGAAAACAUAUGCAUCAUAUUACUGCAUGGAGAAAGUCCUAAGAGAAAGUGAUGAUGGAGUUCUGGUUUAUGUUGCUCCAACAAAGGCUCUUGUAAACCAGAUUGUAGCAACUGUUCAUAACCGUUUUCUUAAGGAGUUACCUUCUGGAAUGACUGUCUGUGGAGUUUUCACAAGAGAUUAUCGAUAUGAUGCAUUAAACUGCCAGGUCCUUGUGACUGUUCCUCAGUGUCUGGAAAUUCUGCUUCUUUGUCCUCAUCGGCAGAAUUGGGUAAAAAGAAUUAAAUAUGUUGUUUUUGAUGAGGUAUGCCAUUUUAAUAUAAAGUUUAUUGAAUGA